AUGCAGGGGAAAGAUGUGAAGGUGGAUAACGACGUGAUGAAGAAAGUCUUCGGGUUCAACCUAGUCGGCAAACGAAGCAAACCGGCGGACUUCAACGCCAAGAAUAACUUAGCCAUAGCUGUUGUGCACAGGUUCAUCGCCUAUAACAUCACCGGGAAAAAGGAGGCAAACAAGGUGAGUGAAAAUGAGCUCUACCUUUUAUGGGCGAUGCGUACGGGAGUAAAGGUGUGCUCUAUAACCUUUUUGCAAAACACCUUGCAAGAAGUGGCACUCGGUAAACGUGGCAUUCCGGCUCUCGGGCAUGUUGUGACGACAUUGGCCAAACAUUUCAGAAUCCCUGAUCAACAUGUCUUUAUCAACGUGACAUGGUCAUUGGAAGGCGAGCCACUGCGGUGUAUUAAUGAACAUGAGCUCCGGAACGUCGACCUCAUUUAG